GGGAGGCCGGGAGGCCCAGCGGCUGCGGUGGUGUAGAGUGGCUGCAGGGGUCUUGUUAGAGUGCGUGUGGCCUUUGGUCAGGUCAUUCGGCCACUACAGUUGUGGCCUUGAGUAGCGCUGGUUUGGUGCGGGGCUGGGGCGUUUCGCAGCUCCAGCAGCGUUUCGUGCUCUGUCCCUUGCUGUGUUGGUGACUCGGAUCCUGGCCCACAGCUUGCAGCCGUCUUAGACACGCGGCCUAUGGAUGGGCAGAGGAGCUUGGUCCUCAGUGGCGGGAAGACGCCAUCAUAAGGCCUUCUGCAGGACUGGACGGUACUGGACACAACUUUGGAUCUGAGGGAGCAUGAGCCAUUUGCAGAAUUUGCUCUUAGACACCCUCCUGGGGACAAAGCAUGUGGACAAUGCAGCCCUUAUCAAACUCCACGAGCGCUCCCUGUGUGUAGCGUCACCUGGAUUUAAUGUAAUGCCCUCUGAUGUCCGGACGCUUGUGAAUGGAUUCGCCAAGAACCCUUUGCAAGCCCGAAGAGAAGGGUUGUAUUUCAAGGAAAAGGAUUACAGAUGUGUCCGGGCAGAUGAUUAUUCUCUUUAUGCUAAGAAUGAGAACACUGGUGUGGUUGUUGUGAAGACCCAUCUGUAUCUUCUGGUAGCAACUUACACUGAGGGCAUGUAUCCUGGUGUGUGUGUGGAAGCCACGGAGAAGUUGGCAGAAUAUCUAAGAAGAAAAGGAACAUGAGUCAUCAGAGGACUGUGAAAGACAUAAUUUUUUAGAAGAAAUCGAUAGAUUCUAAAGAAAAAGUAAUGCCUUAUUUUGUGGUUGAAAAAACACUGAGCAGAAAUAUUGAAAAGAUCUGAAUGAGUUAAAGGAACAAUUUUCCUUAUUUCAAGAGAUCACCCA